AUGCGGGGGGCCCGGGCCGCCCCUUUCUGCCUGCGGCCGCUGCCCCAACUCUACCUGCUACCUCUUUUGUUUCUGCUUUUGAACCGGAUUCGUCCCCAAGGCAGCCUUGGGCCUAUGCAAUGCUACCGAGUUGGACUCUUGGGUGACUUGAACUGCUCUUGGGAGCCACUUGGGGACUCAGGAACCCCCUCCACGUUGCACUUCCAGAGCCAAAAGUAUCAUCUCAACAGGACCCAAGUUGUGGCAGUGCCCCCCGGGCAGAGUUGGGUGACCAUUCCGCGGGAACAGUUCACUGAGUUUGACACACUCCUCGUCUGGGGAGCCAAGGCAGAUGGGUCUGUCUGGCCCCCAGUCUCUGUGGACCUAGAAACCCGAGUGAAGCUCGGCGCCCCGUGGCUGUCCCCCGACAUCGAAUUUUUAGAGGAUGGACCCCUGGAGACCACUGUGCAGUGGGCCCCACCCACAUGGCUGCCUCAUCAGGAGGACAUGGUUUGCCAGUUCUACUACCGACGAUGCCAGGAGAAGGCUUGGACCCUGCUGGAGCCAGAACUGAAGUCGGUACCUCUCACCCCUGUCGAGAUCCACGACCUGGAGCUGGCCACUGGCUACGAGAUGUCUGGCCGCUGUCGAAUGCAAGUAGAAGAGGAACUGUGGGGCGAAUGGAGCCCCAUUCUGUCCUUCCAGACACCGCCCACCGCUCCGAAAGAUGUGUGGGUGUCUGGGAACCUGUGUGGGACACUAACUGAACAGGAAACCCUGCUUCUGUGGAAGGCCCCAGGGCCCUGUGUACAAAUAAGCUACAGAGUCCAGUUCCGGGUUGAAGGUCAGAAGCUGCUCCUGGAGGGGAUCCCCUGCUGUAGCUCCUCCAUCCCCAGCCAGGCCCAGUGGGCAGGGGUGUCUGCCAUCAAUGCCACCAACCAGGAGACCUUCACCAACCUCUCUUUGGCCUGCUCAGGCUUUGCCCCUUAUGACGUGGUGGUCGGCAGCACUUCUGACAGCAAGGAACUGCUGGUGACCUGGCGACAGGGAGCUGGGGGGCUCUGGGAGCACGUGGUGGCCUGGGCUCGAGACGGAGAUCCCCCGGAGAACCUCAGCUGGGUCUGGCUUCCCCCUGGGAACCUCAGCGUCCGUUUGCCAGGAAAUUUUGAGAGAGGAGUUCCCUAUCACAUCACGGUGACCACAGUUUCUCCUUGGGGUUUGGCUCCUGCCCCCUCAGUCUGGGGAUUCAUAGAGGAACUGGCUCCCCUUGUGGGGCCAGAGCUUUGGCGACUCCAGGAUGCUCCCUCAGGAACCCCCACCAUAGCAUGGGGAGAGGUCCCAAGGCACCAACUCCGGGGCUGCCUCACCCACUACACUUUGUGUGUGCAGAGUGAAACUGCAUCCCCCGACUGCAUGAAUGUGAGUGGUGGCACCCAGAACAUCACCUUGCCAAAUCUUCACUGGGGUUCCUGUGAGCUGUGGAUGACCGCAUCUACUGUGGCAGGACAGGGCCCACCUGGUCCUAGCAUCCAGUUGCACCUACCAGAUAACACACUGAAGUGGAAAGUUCUGCCAGGUGUCCUCCUCCUGUGUAGCAUCCCCCUCAUAGGUCUGGCCCUAGCCAUCUCUAGGAAUGUCCACCUUCAGCAUAAGGUGCUGCCCCACUGGGUCUGGGAGAAGGUUCCGGACCCUGCCAACAGCAAUUUUGGCCAGCCCCACAUUGAGGAGGAGCCCUGGGCCCCACCCCUCUGGGAUGUGCCCAUCCUGGAGGUGCAGGAAAUGGAGCCGCUGCCAGGUACGGAGCUCCCCCAGCCCCCUGCUGCACUUGACUCUGGGUAUGAGAAACAUUUCCUGCCCACACCUGAGGAGCUGGGCCUUCUGGGGCCCCCCAGAACUCAGGUUCUGGCCUGA